UGUGUGUGUAACCCUUGGAAUCAUAGGGAUCCUUUCGGAUUGUUUUAGCUUCACAGUUGUUUUCCUUGUGCAGCAGGGGGACUGUCUACCCCACAGAAGUGACAGUCCAACGAAGAGGCUUCUGUGGUGGUACUGAUAUCACUGGAGACGUCCAGUGACGUACCUGCAGUUUUACCUGAGACACUUCAUCUUGGGCCCUGCUUCUAACUAGAACAAGGAAUCCAGCCUUUGCAACGGUUCUUCAUCCGCAGACUCUGCACGUUCCGUCGUCCUUGUCGCUCGAUCGUUUCGCGGUUACAAUUUGGAACUUUGGAGCUUCUGAGACCUUGACCUCGUGGAGAUUUAAACCGUUUCAUUUUACCCACCCUGUUUUCCUUAGGCUUUUUACUUAGGCUGGCAUGUGGCACCGCUUUCAGUUCAGUACACCCUAUCCUAAGUGUGUGUACCCCUUGGAGUCACAGGGUCCAGUCGGAUUGGCUUUUUUACCGAAUCUGAUCAACGCGGCGUACCUUGUACCUGCACCUUAGUUGUGAAUGUUUUAGCCAUUCUCCAAUCGUAGAGUUCCUCAGGCUGUUGCAGGAUGAUACAGGUCUGCAGAUGUGCAUUGUCGCCUUCGUUGAGUUUUCGGACUUUGGAGUUGGAGGCCUUUAAGGUUCGAAGAUGUUUGGACCACCGUACUUAUACUUAUACCUGUUCUGGUUCCUUGUUUUUUUCACUUAAGCUGGCGUGUGGCAACCGCAACCGAGUCAGUACGCAUAUCUAUGUGUGUAAAGCGCUCACCGUUUUUUGAGUUCUAUAUAUUUAGUUUUCUAUUUUUGCCUCGCAGUGUUGCAGGUGCAUAGUUUUGGCAUGGUCCUCUUAGAGCUACUGACGGGCGCGCCGCCCGCAGUGGAGAAACCCAACAGACCGGGCGAGUUCAACUACUUGGUUGAUCACAUCCAGGGCAGCAAAGCCAAGGUGAUUGGCAUGCUGGAUGAGAGUGGCCAGUUUCCUGUGGUGAUCUCCCAGGCACUGACAGAUGUUUCUUUCAGAUGCAUCCGGCCGAAUCCAGUUGAGCGGCCUCUCUUCAAAAUGCUUGUCGAUGAGCUUCGAGAUCUUUAUCUUUCGUCUCCAGCAGAACCUGGUGAUGCCGACGUGACGCGAGAUCAUCGAGAAUCCCAGCGCGAGAAGGCACCACCGGCGGUACGCCGCGUGCUGUUAUCAGUCGGUACUGUGGUCACUAGCCGCUGGCGUGGUGGUACGUCUUGGCUCCGGGGGCGGAUCAUUCACAUCAACCGCGACGGCACCUUCAAGAUCCAGUAUGACCAUGGUGAAAUCGAGCCAAACGUCCCCGCGCUGAACAUCAGGGCGGUUGACCUUCCAGCCGUGCCACGACGGGACAAAGAGGAGGGCUAUGGCCCUCCGCCACCACCGCCACCCCCUAGAAGGGAAACGCCGAGGCCUCCUCCUCGACCGAAGUCGGUGGCGCCGCCCAACCCGGACCGGAACGACCGGAACGAUCCGCCGUGGCUGGCACAGCCGAAUGGACAUGCAGGACUGCCAGGAGCACGUGGUGAGCACCUUGGUGAUUUGCUGGAUCCCUCUGCUGUGCCCCCUUACCGCCUGUGGUGCGUUUAUGCUGAAGGGGUUGACCUUGGAAAGCUGACAGCGCAGCAGCGGUCCUUGUCAAGCAACCUGCCAGAGCUGGUGGUUGGAAGGACAGCUCAGCCGGCGGCGGUCUGGGAGACACUGGUGCCUGACAAGCGUUUUCAUGCAACGAUCUCCCGGGAGCACCUGAAGGUGAUAGCUCGCCAAGGCUCACAAGGUGCUCAGGCUUCCUUCAGCGUGGCUUGUUUAUCGCUGAAUGGCGUGAUGCUGAAUGGGCAUUUCAUUGGGAACGAUUCCGGAGAGCGGCCUCUUCAACACGGAGAUGCCUUGGCUUUUGCCACCAUGGUGGACGUCAUGGCGCCCAUCGAGAAUCAAAGCCGAAAGCCUUUCGUGGUCCUCCAGUUUGAGGUGCUGGGCCCAAGUCCUGCAGCUGAAGCCCUUCCCACAGCUUAUCCAUCGAGCCCAAGGCUGCGAAGCGCUCCCGUGAAGGGGCCCUUUGAUGACCUGGAGGAUAGAAAGGAGCUAUUGCACCCUCCUCCCGGAAUGGUUGCUGGUCGGUGGCGCACUUCACCCACGGCGGAGGGUCCACCUGAUGCACUUUUCUGUUUGGAGUUGCAUGGGAACGAACUUCGGCCUGGCCUCCCUGCUGAAGCAAGGCAGCUUUUCUUUUGUUGCGACUCGCAGGCCAGACCUUCAAGACUGAGAGUAGGCCGAUACUACCAGCGUCAUCUGUGGGAGAACAUAUUGAGUGAAGAGAUCCUCACAGGAGGCACGCUUUGGGCUGCCAUGAUGGCUCAGGAUCACUUCGAAAUCGCCGCCAUCCGCCGGAACAACCCGCAAUUGGCGGAACCGCCAGACUGGCGCUUCCGGCUACGGGUUCUGAGUGCAGCUGGGGUGGUCUUGAACUACAGCAUCAUGUGCACCGCUGGUGACGAACGAGAGCUGAGCCCGAGUGACACGCUCACAGUGAAGCGCCCCCAUUCUCGGGCAAGUACCAAGCCUGCAAUCUCCGAUUCCUGCCCUCCUGGGCUGCACCUGACCUUCAUCCCUCUGGUGGGGCCGUUGGUGUCGUUGGGACCACCCUCACCAGAGCAGGAUGGAGAUGUUCCGCAACUCCCAGAGCUGUCAGAUUCAGAUACUGAGGAUCGACGUGCUCCAGGCCACGACUUCCCUGUGGGCGUAGGGGUGUUACAGCCGCCAACUGGGGUUCUACACUUGCAGAGGGACAGUUCAGACGAAGAGGAAGCCGAAGCUCAGGCAGAGGAGGAGGAUGGAAGCUUCCAAGGCCGGAUUCAAACAGCGAAGACACGAAUCCUGGAGGCACCAGUUGAAGGUGAUCCAGAUGAUCUCUUCGCACGUACAGGGUUUCGUGCCGGCGAUGUGGGCGUUGAGGAGGAGUUGCCGGACCCUCCAGAAGAUCUGGACGGGACACUUUCGCUCACCAGAAGAGGUCAUAUCUCAGGAUCUUGGUUGCCCAGUUUCUCCUGCUAAUAGUCUGCAGGGGCCCCUGGCCACCAGAGUCAGAGCCACCUGAGCCACCAGUGUCAAGCCACUUGGAGGAUUGGCUUUGCCACUCCACCCGGACUCCACCGGACAAGCGCCCGAAGACCAAAGAGUCGAAAAGGAUGGUGUUUGACGCCCAUGGAGAGCCGGAGAGCGUGGGAUCAUGCGGGAUCUUCGUAGCUUCUAGUUACUAGAAAGCUUCAAAGACCUAGUAGCGUCCUUGCUCCUAGUAGCUAUGCCAGGAGCCCCUAGUAACGUCCUUGCUCCUAGUAGCUAUGCCAGGAGCCCCUAGUAGCAUCCUUGCUUUUACAAGAACCCUAAGACCAAAUCCAGCCUUCAUCCUUUUGAUUGCCAGCCUCGCCGCUAAGCAACUACGCAA